AUGUCAGCAGCGAAGAAGUCAUCCACAGCUCAAGUUUUCACAGCCGGUGUCGAUAUCAAGAAUUUCCGUGGAAAGACAGAUGCCGAGCUCCAAGUUUGGCGUGACAACCAAAAGAAGCGCAAUCGCCCACCAGAGUUAAUUGACCAAAUCGUUAAGGACGAUGAGGAAUACCGUGCCGCUCUCAAGGCCGUCGCCGACACAAUGAAGGAGAAGAAUCAGGCUCAAGCCUCCCUCAAGCCAAAGGGUGGUGUUAAAUUAUCUCCAGAAGAGAUGGAAGCCGUCAAGGAAAAGUGCCGUCAAUUAGCCCAGAAGAUCACAGAGCUCGAAGCCAAGCGUGAUGAGCUCUUCGCCAAGGUCGAGAAGGAACUUUCUACAGUUGGUGUCAUGAUCGAACCAGAAGUCCCAGUUUCUCUCGAUGAAGCUAACAACAAGGUCAUCAUGCAGUGCGGCAAGAUCCCAGAGAUUCCAAACUUCAAGCCACACAACGAAUUACUUGCUAUGAUCGAUGGUUACGAACCAGAACGUGGUGCUCGCGUUGCCGGCCACCGUGGCUACUACCUCAAGGGCAUGGCUCUUAAGCUCAACCAGGCUCUCUUCAGAUACGGCCUUGAUUUCCUCCAGGCCCACGGUUACACAGCCAUCCAUACACCAUUCUUCAUGAAGAGUGAAGUUAUGGCCCGCGUUUGCCAGCUCGAAGACUUCCAGGAGACAUUAUACCACAUCGACUCCCCAACAAACGAUCCAAAGGACGACAUGUUCCUUAUCGCUACAUCCGAGCAGACACUUUGCGGUUACCACCUCAACGAGUCCCUCGAUGAUUCUCAAUUACCAAAGAAGUACUGCGGCUUCUCAUCCUGCUUCCGUAAAGAGGCUGGUGCUUCCGGCAAGGAUAACUGGGGUAUCUUCCGUGUCCACCAGUUCGAGAAGGUCGAACAGUUCUGCAUCACAUCACCACACAAUGGUGAAUCCCAGAAGAUGCACGAGCAGAUGGUCCACAACUCAUGCGAAUUCAUCAAAUCCCUCGGCCUUCCAUUCCGCGCUGUCUUAGUCGUCUCUGGCGAACUCAACUACUCAACAGCUCGUAAGGUCGAUAUCGAAGCAUGGUUCCCAUCAUACAACCAGUACCGUGAACUCGUUUCCGCUUCAAACUGCAAGGACUUCCAGUCCCGCAAGCUCGACAUCAGAUACGGCCACGGAAAGAACAAAGAUGGCGAGAAGGAAUACGUCCACAUGCUCAACGCUACACUUUGCGCUACAGAGAGAACACUCUGCUGCAUCCUCGAGAACUACCAGACACCAACAGGUAUCAGAAUUCCAAAGGUUCUCCAGCCAUACAUGAGAGAACUCAUGAUCAACGAGAACCACUCCGACGAGGACUACAACAAGCCAGAUCUCGACCUCCAGUCAGAACACUGCGCUGUCCCAGAUUUCAAGAACAUCGACUUCAUCCCAUUCGUUCAGGAUGCUAAGGCUGUUCAGGGAGUUGAUGGCAACACAAGCGUUUAA